AUGGAAGAGACAAACAGUUCACCCGGCUCACCGGGCGGCCCUCUUCAGGCCGUCACUGCGGACCGUGUGAACCAACAAAGAGAGCGGGAGUCCGCAUUCUCUCACCUUCGUGGUGGCUCAAGAGAUAACUCCGUUCAUGAUAAGAUCAGCCAGUUCAACAACCUCAGUGUUACUAUGCAAUCAAAACAGUUGGAACGCAAAACAGCAGAUGCUGCUUUGAAGCGCGCCAUGCUUGGCCGCGAAGAGGCCGAGACUGAGUUGCGCAAAUAUAGAGAGGAGAACAAAAAUCUACGAAAGGCCAUCGAUGAGGGUAAAGACCGUGAGCGAAAAGUCGGAGAACGUCUGGAGUCGUUGAUGGUAGGUGUUCUCGGAAGCCAAUGUAAGCAUUGCAUGUUGACCAUGUCACAGGAGAACUAUGGCCGAGCAAAGGAGACCCAUGCACACACGCAAGCUUUAUGGGAAAAGGAGAUACGCCGUGCACGAAAAGAGACAUUCAAAACGCAAUCAUCGAUCGUCAAGCUCCAAGAAGAACUCAAGUCAGCACGUACAAACGCAAAGAUGAUCGACGAAAAUCUUAAACGAGAAAAGGCUAGGAGCAAAGUUCGAGAGCAAGAAGCAUUCGAAGCGCGCUAUCAGAUUGUUGGUGUCCAAGAACAACUAGAUCAAGCACUGGAGCGUAUCAAGCUCGUCGAGCAGGAACGUGACGCCUACAAGACUGCCGCCAAGAACGAAGAAGUUGCCCGUAUCGCUGCCGAAGGUCGCAUUCCUCUACCGCCACAGGAUGCUGACGAUGAGUUUGGUUCUCCUAACAAGGACAAGAGGCGAGUGUCAAGAGAUCCUCGAGUUUCUCUAUCGACAAUGGACAUUAUCUCCUCGGAGGCCAGUGAGGUUGAGAUUGAGGAAUUGUCCACUCAGUUGCAGUGGGAGCGUCAAAGAGCAGACCGUGCACACGAAAUGAUUGAAUUCUUACAGGCCGAAUGCCAUCUCCGUUGCUGUGCUUGCUCAAAGUCAACCCGUCGUGCCAGUGUCGAGGCCCCUCGCCAGAAACGCCGAAGCUCCUUUGGACUCGAGGGACCAAACGACAAGGUCCUGAAACUGGAUAGUGAGGCAGUAGAGGCCGAGAAGCGUACUAUAACUCCUCCCUGUAUCGAGGAACCGCAUGUACGGACGGAGCCCGACAGAGGAACAGAGCCUGAUGUUCAGCCUGAGUCAGUCCGAGAACAGCACCUCCAAGGGCCCCUUCAACGUAUAAUUAAAUCCAGGAAAGAACCCCGCCGAAGCACCAUAUUCUGCCCCAAAGAAGGCAUUUUCAGGACGGUUUCGGAGCAAGAAGCCGAGAUCAUUGAGGCACAGCGCAGAAUCGAAGAGACCGAGGCUGCUGCCAAGGGUCAGCGAGAAAGCCAUACUGAGAGCGAAUAUCAGGAUGUUGACGAAGUUGUAAUUGAAGAGCAAGUUGAGGCUGAAACCACGAUCGGUGAUGGCAUUGAGAUGGAGCCUCGUUACUCUGGCGAGUACGAAAACUACCGGAGAUACGCACGAACCCCUUCGGUCGAGCCUCCAGCCUUCGCCAUGCUUGCUCAAGAAAGAACGUCAUUGGCCUCACUUCUCAACGCUCCUCACAGUCACUCAGCACCUGUUCCUUCAGUACCGACCAUGCCAGACGUAGCCGAGGAUAUACUUGUCUCUCCUGACACUCGACCCCAUACCACAAAUGCCUUCUACACGGUCACUACUACGACAACCGUGCCAGUCCAUGACGACAAGGUCGGGAAUAGUGCAUCUUUCAACGAACGCCUUCGCACACCAUCCCACAACAGCACAGGCACCACCUUUGACAUGUCAAAUCCUGCUCUCACCCCUACCAUGACACGCGAGCAGGCUCUCGCGAAGAUCCGUGAACGUCGUGGCCGUGCCCGUUCAAUGGCACAGGGCACAAUGACACCCAGCCGUCGGAUGGUCGAGGGCGUUGAACGACGAGAUAUGAGUGCUCCUACGGGCAAGGUUGCUGGUAAAGGGCGAUAA